AUGUCGAAUUAUGAAUGUAGUCUACAAGGAAUUAUUAUGGGAGAAGAACAAAAAGAAAAACUCUUGCAACGACUUGUUGGUCUGUGUGGCAAUAAUUCCAUCAUUGAUUUAUUUGAACAUGAAUUAGUCUUUAUACCUUCAAAUCAAACACCUAUUGGACCAGCACGUAAUGAUGAUGUUGUUCUUCGACUUCAAUCAAAAAUUACAAAUGAAAAAGAAUUAAGUAUGAAAUAUAGACAAUGGUUUUUAUGUUUGCAAGGUAAUCCUGAACCACAACGUGCAAGAACAGUGACAGUACGUCCAAUAUCACGCGUUCAAUUAUCUGGAGAUAUUUUUCGAUUUAUGAAGUCAUUAGGAUAUAGGUUUAAGUUUAUUUAUUAUUAUGAGAAAAGACAAAUACUAAAAUAUAGAAUGUAG